AUGGAAUCUUUGCGCCGCGAUAUCGAAACGGACGUUCACCUCCAGGCGCCACAAGAUUUACUGCAAACUUUGCAAACUGACGCCAACCACGGUUUAUCCACGACCGCUGCACGCGAUCUCUUAAACAAACAUGGUUUGAAUGCACUAACGCCUCCGAGAGUGACUUCCAGCGUUCUGAAAUUCUUACAACGAUGUUUCGGUGGAUUCUCUUUCCUCAUAUGGGUGGGCGCGGUAUUGUGCUUUUGCAAUUACUUGUUGGAACGCGGGGCUUACGGCAAGGGGUCGAACGAGCAUUUGGGCCUCGGAGUGGUGCUUGUCGCUCUGACUUUAAUUACAGCAAUGUUCAGCCACUAUCAGGAGUCGAAAAGUUCGCGGAUCAUGGAAUCAUUCCAGCAGAUGUUGCCGCCGAAAGCGAAAGUCCUUAGGGACGGCGAGAAAAAGGAGUUGUGUGUUGCUGAAGUGGUCGUCGGGGACAUUGUCCUUUUGGAAACCGGUGACCGAGUACCUGCUGACAUUAGGAUUCUGGAAUGUCAAGGCCUCAAGGUUGACAAUGCCUCUAUUACCGGCGAAUCGAUCCCGCUUUUGAGAACAGCGAACGUACAGCUAGAAAGCGGACUGAUGGAAGCUAAAAAUAUGGUUUUCUUCUCGACUGAUAUAGUGGAAGGCACUGGGAAAGGAGUCGUGGUCGCUUGCGGCAACGAUACAGUUAUGGGAAGAGUCGCUAAAUUAACGGCGAAGCUGGCACCGAGACCGACGCCGCUUUCGCGCGAGAUCCAACGGUUCAUGAAAUUGAUAUCGUGCUGGGCAAUUUUUCUGGGCAUACUAUUUUUCUCUCUCUCCGCCGCGAUGGGGUACAGUUGGAUCACUUCGACGACGUUUCUAAUUGGCAUCAUAGUCGCGAACGUUCCGGAGGGACUGGUGGCCACCAUGACCGUCAGCCUCACUGUAACGGCUAAGAGAAUGGCGAGCAAAAAUUGCUUGGUGAAGCAUCUGGAAGCCAUUGAGACGCUCGGAUGCACCGCUGUUAUUUGCAGUGACAAAACAGGAACACUUACGCAAAAUAAAAUGACCGUUCGACACAUGUGGUACGACGGUAAAUUGCACGAGGUAAUGGCCUCUGACACGUGGCGAAAAUACGUUAAGAAUCCUGGAUUCCAUAACUUGGCUAGAGUGGCCUGCCUUUGCAAUCGAGCCGAAUGGGCGACUUUACCUCCGAACGUACCUAAACCACCUUUGAAUAAGAGACAGAUUCUGGGAGAUGCUUCCGACGCUGCUUUGUUAAAAUGCAUGGAAGUUCUUGUUAGAGGCGGCACGGAUGCGUACAGGAAAGCUUAUACCAAGGUGUUCGAAGUACCGUUCAAUUCCACCGACAAGUAUCAGGCAAACGUUUACCUUAUUGGCAAGAAACACACUAUUUUCCUAAAGGGCGCACCUGAAAGAGUUAUAGAUCGAUGUUCGACUGUAUCGUUUGGCAGCGAAACGGUGGAUUUGGAUGACGAGAUCAGGAACGCUUACACGGAGUCUUGUUACAUCCUUGCGAAUAAUGGCGAACGAGUGCUCGGUUUUGCCGAUCUCGACCUUCCCGUGAAUACUUUCCCGCCGGGUUACGUGUUUCACGAAGACCCCCCGAACUUUCCUCUUGAGAAUUUGAGACUAAUCGGAUUGGUAUCGAUGAUGGAUCCACCGAGGCCAACGGUGCCGGACGCGGUUUAUAAUUGUCGCUGCGCCGGGAUCAAGGUGAUCAUGGUUACCGGUGAUCACCCUGACACGGCAAGGGCGAUCGCCAAAUACGUCGGUAUCAUCACUGACGAUUUCCUGCACGAUCAGGAGGGAAAGAAGCACUCGAUCGUGGUAACAGGAAUGGAGUUGCGGGAUUUGGAAUCGGAUCAACUCGACAGUAUCAUAAGAGAAUAUCCCGAGAUAGUUUUUGCUAGAACUUCGCCUGUGCAGAAGCUGCAGAUCGUGGAGAGUUGUCAACGGCUUCAUUUGAUUACCGCAGUCACUGGUGACGGAGUCAAUGACUCGCCGGCAUUGAAGAAGGCAGAUAUCGGUAUCGCCAUGGGAAUUGCGGGAUCGGAUGUGUCCAGAGAAGUAGCAGACUUGAUUUUGUUGAACGACGAUUUUGCAACAAUAAUUACCGGGAUCGAGGAGGGUCGAAGGUUGUUCGACAACUUAAAGUCGAGCAUCGCGUACACCUUGGCUAGCAACGUCCCGGAGAUAACACCCUUCUUAGCAUUCAUAGUACUCGGAAUACCUUUACCCGUGGGCGUGAUUUGCGUAUUGUGCAUAGAUCUCGGGACGGAUAUGUGGCCGGCCGUUUCUCUGGCUUACGAGAAAUCCGAAUCGGAUAUCAUGCUCAGAAAACCAAGAAUACCUAACAUCGAUCACCUGGUCAGUCGGCGAUUGCUUUUCGUGUCUUACGGACAGAUCGGCGUGAUCGAGGCGUGCGCCGGUUUCUUUACGUAUUUCGUGGUGAUGGCCGAGUGCGGAUUUCUACCCGACAGAUUACUGAACUUGCGAUCGUUGUGGGAUAGCAGUUCCGUGAACGAUUUGCAGGACAGCUUCGGCCAGGAAUGGACGUACGAACAACGAAAGAUCCUCGAAUAUACAUGCCAUACCGCUUUCUUCGUCAGUAUAGUGAUCGUACAGGUGGCUGACGUGAUGAUCUGCAAGACGAGCAGGAACUCGCUAUUUCAGCAGGGUAUGAGCAACUGGGUGCUUAACUUCGGCAUAGUGUUCGAAAUAAUAGUGGCGUGCGUUGUUUGCUACGCGCCGUACAUGGACGAGAUCCUCAGAACAUAUCCACUGUUCUUCGAUUGGUGGCUGCCGGGAAUACCAUACGCUUUUAUUAUUUUGAUCUACGACGAACUCAGAAAAUUUUGGAUCAGAAAAUAUCCUGGUGGAUGGUGGGAUCGUGAAACUUGCUAUUAAAUACGAAUAGAAACUCGAAGUUUUAUUCAGU